GUGCCGCCAAGCUUACUCUCGAAGGAAUUGAGUUCCGCGACUGCAGUGCGCCUGCUCUCCUGGUGGCGCCGGCGAGCAUGGCCAAUCUUUCUGUAGCAAACUGUGUCUUUACGGAAUUUACACGCGCACUCUUGGACCCAGCGCGCGUGGACAUCGGCAACGCGGCGUCGGUGGUGCAAGCCACGGAUGGCACACGGGCUCUGGCUAUCCACAUAACCGAGUUCAGCGGAACUCUCAGCCUGAAGGACACGGUGUUUACCGGCAACCACUUCCUGCCGCCGCCACCACAGUCUGAAACAACGGAGCCCAGCUCGCCACCCAGCUAUGGCGGGUAUGGGGGCUACGGCGGAGGCACUUAUGGCGGCUAUGGGGCUAGCGGCUUCGGUGGAAGCUUUGGCGAGUAUGGAGGCGGCAGCGCUGCAAGUGACCCCCAAGCCGCCAGGCACCACCGGCGGAGGCAGGCUCGGGCUGUUGGUGUGCAUGCUGCCGCCUGUUCCACCUCGUCGGCAGGAGCUCUGCUGGGCCAGUGCAGUGCCGCGGCGAUGGGGCGCGCCAUGGACAGCCGGCAGCAGCAACUGCUGCCGGGCUCGCAUCGCGCCGCGUUGUCUUCCAGGUCCCAACACCAGCAGCAGCAAAGGAUGCCUUUGACCGCCAGUGAAGUUUCGAGAAGGCAGCGGCGGAGGCUGUUGCAAGACAGCAGCAGUGCGGCGGGCGGCACCAGUGGCGGGCCGAGCGCGGCGAAGGUCCGGGCUAUUGCAAGCCAGCGGCCGCUGGAGUAUGCCAAAGUCCUACACGAGGGCCUGCGAGAGGGCCCCUGGGCAGACGACAUGGAGGCGGUGGCGGCUGUGACGUGCGGCCGCGGCGCCAACACCAGCAGCGACACCACCUGCAGCGUGACCCUGCAGAACGUCACGUUCGAGUACAACACAGGCGUGGCCACCAGCGGCCUGUACGUGCUGUGUGACGGCGCGGCCCGCUGCGACGUGCGCCUGCACAACACCAGCCUGCGCCACAACCGGCUGUUGUGGCAGGCGGCGCUGGAGCCUGGCGACCUGCAGGGAGGGGCCGUGAGCCCCUACGACGACACGGGGCUGCAGCUGUUCCGGCGCGUGAUGCCGUGGCUCACCUACACGUACCCGCUGAUGUACAUCUGGGGCGGGAUGAAAAGCUUCAAAGCCUGGGGCUCUCCUCUCUACGACCUCUUUGUGGACCCGAAUGAUCCCAACGUGGGGCCGCUGCCGGAUGUGACGGGCCGCACGCUGGGCGCCGUGGUGGUGCACAGCCGCCACCCGCCGGCGGUGGGCGUGGCGCCGGGCGGUGCAGGCAUGGUGUCGCUGGUGGUGGAGGGCGGAGAGUUUGAGGACAACGACGGCGCCGCCGUUAUGACCACUGCUGCAGACUGGAGCAGCGUUGCUGGAGGUCAUGGCAACUGGUCUGAGGAGGCACCCAUGCGACACGCCCUUGACGCGGUCAUACGCGGUGUCACCGCGCGCAACCACGGCAGCGGCAUGCCCGUGUUCUGGCUGCGUUGGGCCAAGAGCGUCAGCGUGUCCGAUUGCCAGUUCGACACCACCACGGGCUCCCUGUGGCUGGACGAGGCGCGCGACCAGGCGGCCAUCACCGACACCACCUUCACACGGAGUGUGCUGCCGGAGCAGAUGUGGCUGUACGCGCAGAGCUUCCUGGCUGUGGCGCCGCUGGAGGGCAUACAGUACGUGAACGACAUGGGGGCGGGCUCCCACCACUCCGUGAUGGUGGCGAUGACGGCGCAGGGCCAGGCUGAGACGCACGUGACCGUGGACCGCUGCGUGUUCGAGGACAACCCCAGCUACGUGUACGGCACGCUGUUUGUGGUGGGUGUGGACCAUCUCACCCCCGACAAGAACCAGCUGCCUGGGCGCAUGAAGGUGGUCGUCAGCAACUCCGUGUUUGCGCACAAUUACUGCAGGCGUGUGCCGCCGGGCGCGGGCCCUGACGCCGAAUGCCUCACCGGCGAGCGGCCGUUAUACGUCACACAGGCGUUCCAUACGGAGGUGGCCAACUGCAGCUUCACCGGCAACCGCAACGGCGCCCUGUCCAUCGACACGAGUGGCGGGCUGCUCGUCCGGGACUCCAACUUCACGAACAACGUGCAGACGUAUUACGCGACCGGACUGUACGUUGACGAGUCCAGUGGCGGCGCAGGCGUGGUCGCGAUCCAGAUCGGCAGGGGAGCAGUGGAGCUGACGGGGAGCCAAUUUGUGAACAACUCCUCGCCGCAAGGCGGCGGCGCAGCCUACUUCUCUGACAUCUACUACCUCCGGAUGUCCAACUGCACUUUUGACUCGAACAGCGCCCCUUGGGGAGAUGGAGGAGCCGUGAGGGUGAUGACCACCGAGGCGACGGCCGAUGACGUGCAGAAUGACAGCGAGAGCAACAGCGGCCUCGCUGUCGACAGCAUCAUCGACUGCAUCUUCGUCAACAACACGGCAGGCCGCCGCGGUGGGGCCAUUGCCGGCGUCAAGGCCUCCCUGGACAACACCUGGACCAUCGCCACCUCCGCCUUCGUCAACAACCGCGCCAUGCUGUUUCCAAACGUCACAGAUAUCCUAGUGCGGUCGGAUCAGGCUGGAGGAGGGGCCCUGUACGCGGAGCAGCUGAACUCACUGGACCUGACGAACUGCACAUUUGAUGGGAACCGGGUAGCGCGUCACGCGGGCGGUGCGGUGCGAGUGGUGGACAUGAGUGGCGUGCUGACCACGAAGGGCGUGUUGUUCCAGAACAACGCCGCGAUCGUGGGCGGCGCGCUUGCGGCCAGCAGGGUCGCUCAGGUCCGCAUCACCGUCACGUCCCCUGACGAGCUUGUCCCCAGCGCCUUCAUCAACAACACAGCUGUGGACCCCUGGACGUGGCCCGACACGUCACCACUGCCGCACGUGCGGAACAAUACGCUCUACCCCUCCCUCAACGACCUUGGUGUCGGGUACGGCGGCGCAGUGCACGUGGCGUACGGCAAGUUCAUCAUUGACAAAACGGCUUUGUUCUACAACAACAGCGCCGUGGCCGGCGGCGCCAUUGCAACCCUGUACUGUGCCGAGGUCUGGUUGGAUGCGAACUUGCAGGCCCAGACGGAAGUCUCAAACCUGACACUGGCGCCGCAGCACGCAGGCGCACCGGGCGGCGUUGUACGUGUGUACGGCGACGCGGCCCCCGCUGCGACCGUGCCGUACAGCAUCCUUUUUGCGAACAACUCGGCGAUGUUGGGCGGUGCGCUGUUUACGCAAGGCACCACGGACUUGAAGAGCUUUUAUGGCUUACAGGGCUUGCAGCAAGAUGUGGAAGGGCCGCCCUCAGACGACGUGCUGCGCCAGGGAUGGACGGUGCAAGACUACUACGACAGCGACAAUAUCACGCGAUACAUCAUCUCACCAUCGAAUGCGCUAGCGCGGCUGCCUGUGAUCGUGUUCUACAACAACACGGCAAACGGGGGCGGGGCUAUCUACAUCGACGGCGCCGACCAGGUGCACCUGCAAGGCAUCAGACUUCUGGCCAAUCGCGCACUGGCGCCGCCUCUGGCCCCCGGCCACAAGGGGUUGUACGGGCGGGAGGCGCUCGCCAACGGCAGCGUGGCGGGGCAGCCGUGCUACCGCGGAGACGGCGGCGCGGUGUGCGUGACCGGCCGGGCGGGCAGCUCUGUCCUGACAGGGGCCGGAAUGCUGUGUCACAAGAGUUGUGGCGAGGGUGGCACAGACAAUAGGCUUCAACGGCCCUGAUCUUCAUGCGAUCAGCAUCGAUCCUCACAAAUGCCAGCUGCAUCCGCAUGCGUGUUUGUUGUAAUAUGGACUCUUG